AUGGCUCAAGAACGAGGCUUCGUCGAGUUCCUCACCACCGGCCGGGCUCGCAUGAGAGAGCCGAUGGCCGGGCAGCCGAUCAGCAACCAGAACCAGCUGCUCCGCUUUAUACGCUGCUUCACCGGCCCGUGGACUCCCUGGAUGCCCAUCGGCGUUUUCCUGAUCCACCACGCCGACGGGCCCAUUCUGGUCGACACCGGCGCCUCGUCGGAGUGCAUGAAGCCCGGCUACGUUCCGUCGUACAUGUUCGUCUCCAGCAUCCUGACCCAACUCGAGGUUGAGCCCAAGGAUGACAUUGUGGGGCAGCUAAAGACCCGAGGGAUCAGCCCGCGAGACUUGCAGGGUAUUGUUGUCACGCACCUGCACACUGAUCAUGCCGGCGGACUGGAAGAUAUUGUGAAGCUGGCACCCGAUGUCCCCGUCUACAUGAGUGCUGACCACUGGGAGGCUUAUGGAAAGCAUCCUACCUGGGCCGAUAUGCAGGGCUGCGCGUCAAAACACUGGCCCAAGAAUUUCAACCUCAAGCUACUCAAGUUCGAGGGGAGCCCGGUUGGGCCUUGGACUGGAUCCGAAGCCAUUACUGCAGAUGGGCAAGUCGUGGCGGUUCCGACGCCGGGCCACGUGCCAGGCCACAUCUCUGUUAUUAUCACGGAAGACGCCCAGCCCGGCCAAUCUCCUUACACGUUUCUUGCGGCCGGAGACGCAACGUAUAAUGUUGGGCUGCUGGAACGAGAGGAGCCGGAUGGAAUCAAUCAGGAUCCCAAGACGGCGUUUGAGAGCUUGAAGUUGAUCAAGGAAUUUUCGAGGCAAAAGGAUGUUGUCGUUCUUCCGAGUCACGACCCUGAUACGCCUCGAUUCCUGCGGGAUAGAGUGCACUUGUGGUAUCAUCAACCAUUAGAGAAGGAAGAGCAGCGCGUCGACAUGGCUGUUGAAUCUCGUGAGAAAUCUGCCCGUCCGGAGCCGCUUCGAAUCUUCCCAUCAGAGCCUCUACCUCCUAAGCUCAUCACGAGUGUGAACAAAAAUCGUCCCAACGGCUAUUAUGGCUCCUUUGACGCAGACCUGCUGGCUAACACGGCCGCCGAAUUGAUCGCCGUGAAUUCUGAUGCUCAGAAACAGCUUCUCGUGGAGGUUUUGAACCGGCUCCUGAUACAGGCCGAGGCCGACUGCAUUGCCGAAGCUGUCGCCGGCCAGAAAAAUCCAAAGGCGGAGGCCACACACUCUUGCUGGUUUUGUAUUCGCAUGACCUUGCCGACGGAUGAAUGGGUGGUACCUCGAUGGCAUACAGAUGGUCGGAUGUUUGACUGCACCUGUCCGGACUCUACCGCGCCGCACUCAAAGUACGCCUUUUCGAUUCUUGGUCCAUCUACCAGGGCGAUACUCACGAACCCGGACGCACACAAGAUUUUGCACUCACCCUCACCAAGUGGACGGCGUUGGGACACCAAUGACCCCGAUCUUGAGCUGGCCACGGCAUUGGAGAGCUUCCCGCAGGCUGCCAUUGAACCAGGGCAGAUGAUCCGCUUCAGCUGGGCUCAGGAGGAUUCUCCGAUCCACUCUGAGCCGGAUUCGACCAAUAUGCAUCGUGUGUUUGUCAGUAUCCUUUUUGGGAGCGAGAGUGAGUUGCGGGAUAUGUGUGAUCGCAGGGGAGAAACAUACGGCGCCUGGUAUUGA